GAAGAAAUCCUAAUCCACAUUUUCAAGUUUUUCUGAUUAAAAUCAUUUAACCUCGCUAAAUCAUGUUGUUUUUUAAAUUGUUCCACUUAUUAUCAUCAAUUCAAUUGAUUGUUGUUGUAUCGAGUUCAGAAAUAAUGUUUGAACAAAUUUCUAAUCUAGAAAAUUUUAAUAUUUCAACAUUUAAAUUAUUCAAUAUGACUGAUAUGAUUACAAACAAUAAUAGCUUUGCAAUUCCAAAUAUCGAUUCAAAAGAUCCAACAUCAUUAUUAUUGGAUAAUAAUGGACCGGGUAUGUGUCAACAAUAUCGUGGACAAGCUUGUUCACAAUUUUUACAAAAUCGUACCAUCUAUGUUCGUAAUGAAUUUUGGCAACAAAUAAUGGAUAAUAAAUUAUUAGCUGCAUUUAAUGUUAUUGUUCAUUCACCGGAUGUUUCAUUACAAUGUCAUCGUUAUGCAAUAUCAUCGCUUUGUUUUCAUGUAUUUUCAUUAUGUGAUGAUCAAUUUUCAUAUCCAUAUCCACGUAAAGUUUGUCGUGAUGAAUGUGAAAUGUUAGAAAAUAAUAUCUGUCAUAUGGAAUAUGCUAUUGCUAAAAAACAUCCAUUAAUUGGUCAUCAAGAUAUUCUGCCGGAAUGUGAUGAUCUGCCAUCGAUUGGUUCACAUGAAGGUCAACGUUGUGUACGACUUGGCAUUCCAAAUACAAUGCCUGUAGAUCAUGAUCAAAAUUGUUAUAAUGAUAAUGGUCAAUCAUAUCGUGGUACAGCAAUGCAAACACAAUCCGGUUCAAAAUGUUUGUAUUGGAGUCAGCAAAUAUUUUUACGUACAUCAGAAUAUCCUGAAUUAACUGGCCAUAAUUAUUGUCGUAAUCCAGGUGGUCGUGAACAACAACCAUGGUGUUAUGUACAAGAUUUUCGUAAAGAAUUUUGUAAUCUAUCAAAAUGUUUUGAUCAAUAUUUAUGGUUUUAUAUUAUAUCACCGGUUGUUUGUGCACUAAUAUUAUUCAUUAUUUUGGUUUGUGUUUGUUGUAUACGACGACGACGAAGAAUUGUAUCGAGAAGAAAUCGUGCAUUACUUGAUGAUCAUAAUCAUCAUCAUAAACAUCAAAUUCUUACCGGUUCAAAUUCAUUGAAUGGAAAACUCAAUGGAUUUCUAAACGGUAGUGGUGGUGGUGGUGGUCUAUUGAGUUCAUUCAAUAAUAAUGUUUCAACAAAUAAAUCGAAUGGUGGUGGUGGUGGUAUAACAACAUCAUUAACAUCGAAUAGUACCUGUAGUAAUCAUAGUAAUAACAAUAAUAACAAUAAUCAUCAAUUGAAUCGAAAUAUUCGUGGUUAUAAUAUUGGUGAACAUGCAGGUGGAAAUAGUUUGGAAAUGAAUGCAUUAUUACCACAAAAUCAUUAUAAUCAAAGUCAACAAAGUCAUCCACAUCAUCCAUCGGGUGAACAUCAACAACAACAAUUUUCAACAUCAUCAUCAUCAUCGAAUGGAUCAUCGAGUGGUGGUCGUAUACCAUCCGGUCGUACACCAACUGAAUAUUCAAUGUCAACAAUACGUUUCAUUCAGGAAUUAGGUGAAGGGGCAUUUGGUAAAGUUUUUCGUGGUGAAUUAUUGAUGACAAAUGGUGGUCCAUUAAUAGUACCUAUAGCUAUAAAAACAUUAAAAGAAAAUUCAUCAUUAAAAACUAAACAAGAUUUUCGUCGUGAAGCUGAUUUGAUGGCCGAAUUACAACAUCCAAAUAUUGUCUGUUUAUUGGGUGUUUGUUUUCAAGAAGAACCAAUGUGUAUGUUAUUUGAAUAUAUGCGUAAAGGUGAUCUACAUGAAUAUCUUGUGGUACAUGGACCAAAUUCAUCAAUAAUAACCGAUAUUACUAUUGAUCCAUCGGAAAUAUUAGAUAUAUCUGAUUGUUUACAUAUUGCAACACAAAUUGCAGCCGGUAUGGAAUAUCUGUCCAGUCAUCAUUAUGUACAUCGUGAUUUAGCAGCAAGAAAUUGUUUAGUUGGUGAACAUUUAACAGUAAAAAUUUCUGAUUUUGGUUUAUCACGUGAUAUUUAUUCAAGUGAUUAUUAUCGUGUACAAUCCAAAUCAUUAUUACCUGUUCGUUGGAUGCCAGCUGAAAGUUGUCUUUAUGGACGUUUUACAACUGAAAGUGAUGUAUGGUCAUUUGGUGUUGUUCUAUGGGAAAUAUUUAGUUUUGGACAACAACCAUAUUCUGGUUAUUCAAAUACUGAAGUAAUUGAAAUGGUACGUUCCCGACAGCUAUUACCAUGUCCAACUGGUUGUCCACAGCAUAUCUACGCGAUGAUGUUAGAAUGUUGGCAAGAAACACCAAAUCAACGUCCAAUAUUUCAUGAUCUGCAUAGUCGUUUGCGUUCAUGGGAGGCUGUGCAUGCACGUGAUAAUAAAAUUAUCAAUAAUAAUAAUCAACAACAACAAUCAAAUGGAGCAAAUAAUCCAAUCAAUAGCCGAUCAACAUCAUCAAUUAGACAUUAUAAUAGUAGUAAUGGUAGUGGUGCUGUUGCUUAUCAAACAACAAUGUUAACCGAUAAUAUUACUAAUAUACCAUCAUCACCAUUGUUAUCAAAUGCAGCGAAUAAACAAUCAUUACCUUUACCACCACCACCGCCACCUGUUCCACCUCCAUCAUCAACCAAUAUCAAUAAUAAUCGUACGACGAAUGGCAAUCUAUUUAAUAGUGUUGGUGGUGGAACAUUUACACCGGCAACCGUUCAAUAUAGUCAACAAGGUGUUUUCCUAAAUGGUGAUCCAAUACAUACUGGUCAUACCCAACAUUUAAAUCAUCAACAAUAUCAUCAUAAUCUACAACAACAUUAUCAAUUUAGUUCAGCUAAUUCAGCUAGUUCGAAUUCAAUUGCUGCCCAAGGAAGUGUUAAUGGUGGUUCACGACCACAAACACCAUCAAUGGCAGCUCAACGUGCCAAUAAAAAUAUGCCCACAUUAUUGGGACAUUGCUGAUUUUCUGAUCUUCAAUCAAUUUUUUUUCUUCUGCUGUUGAUGUGUCCAAAAUGAGCUUAAAUUUCUUCUUCUUGUUUUUUUCUCCCUUUAUCAACGAGAUAUGAAUUUUAUUAUACGAAUUUGUAACAUUU